AUGCGGUUUAUUUUACUGAUCCAGCAGUUGUUCCUGCUUGUCAUUGCCGCGCAAAUUCACAACCAGAUUGCGCCGCGCGGGUUCAAGUUUGUCGGCAAAAAGAAAGGUGCCGUAGGCGGGUGCGAGGCAGAGGAUGUCGCCAUAAUUCUCAAGGAGCUGGAGAUCGCCCAGGAAGCGGCCGAGUUUGCGGCUGAACACUUCACCGAGUACCCCUACUUCCGGGCGUUCCAGGCCCCAGAGCAUCCCUUCUUUAAAGGAAAGAAGCUUGAACGGGCGGCCAAGCAGCUCUUCACUCGCACGGCCAAGAUCCUGGACGGGUUCCACAAAGACGACAAGUUCCGUAUCGAAUGCCGCAGCAUGCUUUGUCUUGUAGCGGGGGGCGACUCAGCCGCAUUAGUGUGGGAGCGGAGGAAGUCAUCACGCUUUGGGCCCAAUGUCCCCGUCAUGGCGUUUUGCAGAGACUUUUUCGAGACUCCGCAGGACGCGACAGCUUUCGCUUCGACUGAAGGUCGACUACGACAGUUCAGAGAGGUGCUAGACAAAAACCCUAAAGAUAUAGACACCGGGUCUACGAUUGUCAAUAUGCGCAGCGUCGGCAACAUGAGAAGCCAGAUCAUCCUGCAUGAGCUUACCCAUACUUCCUAUGUGGCAAAGCCAGUCAUAGAGCUGCUCAAUCGGAAAGCCGAAACAGAACUGAAGACCCUCGAUGACCAUACCUACGACCCGCUAGUUUGCUACCAGACCGCUCGAGGUAUUUUCGACCGGAAAACCGAGAAGAAACCAGACCUACUGGAGGGCGCAAAACGGGCUGCUGAGAAUGCAGAGAGCUGGGGCCUCAUCGCCACAGGCACUUAUAUGUCAAAACAGUUGGGGAUAGAGCAAAUCCCUAUUCCAGGUGUCCCAAAUCACGAGUGGGCCUACACUGACAAGACCGGCGGUAAUACCAAGAAUUAA